UCUUGUGACGUAUUUUGCGCGGCCAUAAAAUGGUGACCUAUUGUGACGUAACCAAGCAUCAAUUCGCUACAUGAACUGUGUUCAGCUUUGAUAUCAACAGUACAAUCUCUUUAUUCAAUCAGCUUGUUUCAGCUAAUCUUUUGCCUCAUAGUCUGCCCUAGCUGACGCUGUGCAGAGAAUACUACGAUUGGAAACGGUUGGUUAGACCCGUUCGCACUGCACAAGGUGAUUUGGAGUUUAGAAUGUCUGGUAGGCUCUUACAUUCUUUGGGGAGGUCCCAAAUGGCACCCUGUAGUGUAGUACUUUUGACCUGUGUCCAGUGGGCUCAGAUCAAAAUAAGUGCACAAGUCAAAGUAAGUGCGCUAUAUAGGGAAUGGCGUGCCAUUUGUCUGUGUGUGUGUGUGUGUUAGGAUAUGUUUUGUGCCAAUCAAUUGAUGAAAAUGUAUCCCUCAGAAAACAAGAUGGAUCGUAGUGAUGAGAGAAUCAGAAGAGCUUUAAGGCGCCGCCCUUAUGUGUUGAAUCCAGUGAGGGUGAACUCCCCUGAUUCUGUGAUGUGGCCAACCGGUAAGGUGCACAGAAGACCAAGGCCUUCUGGAAGGGUGACUCGGCUGAUGGAGAGAAAUUAUGAUGGGGUGAUCUCAUCCUCCAACUCUGAUGACAUCUCUAUCUACUCCUUCACUGACUGUGAAUCUGAGAUUAUUGUGGCCAAGCCCAACAUCCUUCUCCCUGCCUCUGUGAGUGCCCUGAAGAAGGCAUCACGCCUGAUGGAGUUGGUCCCUACUGUCCGGCCCUGCAGGGAGCAGCUGGACAAGAAGACACAGUGGACCAACACCAACGAGGAGAGCCUGAGGAGGAUUAAAAAAAAACUGGCCUCCAUAGAGCUCGACCUGGAGGAAGGCCUGAACAAGGUCAACGACGGUCAGGACAUCAACCAAGAGAGGCAGAAGAAUGAGGGAUGCUUCAGAGCCUGGAUUGAGAAGUGGAUGGGGAAGAGGAAGAGGAAGGAGGAAAGACUGAGGGAUGAAGAUGUGAAUAGGGAAGAUAAAGGGAGGAUGGGCGAGGAAGUGAGGGCACUGAUCCAAGUGAUGAAGAGAAACUGCAGUGAAAGUGAUCUUGAGGCAGUAAACCUGGACAGUUGGCUGAAUGACUUGGAAAGGUUGAAAGUGGCCUUCAAGAAAUGCACUGGAGAGAUGGCCGAAAUGAGCCCAGGGAAAGUCUCUGGUCCUGUGUCUGGCCUCUCUCCUCUUGUGACCUCAGCACCCCGGACCCUGGCUGAAGCCCUACAAGCCCUGCCCUCUGCUGUGGCCCGUCCCUCCCAAAAGGAUGUCCCAAAGCCUCCGACACCUCCAAGCCCUGUCUCUGUCAUUGUUGCUUCGCCUGCUGUGGAGUACUUACCAUACCACCGCAGCCCUCGCCUGGCCCCAAUCACCAACCUGAGUGAGAACGGCAGGAAGCUGCUCCAGAAAAUGUCAGGAGUGACGCCACAGGAAAGGAAGGUCAAAAGGAAAAAGACCAAGGGAAAAAAGCAAGUGAAGAAAGAGAAGGCCAGUAAGAUGCAGCAGGUGGAAAAUGUUGGAGAAACUAAGGAGGACAAGAAAGAUGAAAAGAAGAGUCUGAGGAAGAGGUUUCUCCAGUGGCUGCUGCCCAAACUGAGAUGUUCGAAGAAAUAAUGGCCAACUACUACUACAACACACACACACACACACACACACACACACACACAUACUAUUGAUAUUGGUCUCAUUGUUAUAUUUUGAGAUAUGCACCAUUCUUAAAAAAAUAAAAAAGACCCAAUAAUUAUAUUGGUUCCCAUACAGCCUACUAGGGUAGCGUAUGAUAAUGGGUUGGAUUUACAUAGCGUGUAGUUAUCAGGCUUGAAAAUAUAGCCAGGAGAUGCAGGGUCAACACCCCUACUCAUGUCAUAAGUGCCAUGAGAUGUUUAGUGACCACAGAGAGAUAGGACCUCUGUGUGCACAGUCUCAUCCGAAGGACAGCACCGGCCGCAGGGCAGUGUCUGGCAUUGGGGUCUUAGGUCUUCUUUGGCCAAAGGGAAGUGAAGAGGGCCAGUAUGAGAGAGCACAAACUUUCUUAGCAGAUAAUGAUAACAUGACAACAGUAGCUGUAGAUGAUGUAAUGAAAAGUUGGAGGGUGGUUGGUAAUGGAGAACAUCGGGUGGAUCCACGUCUGGGUGUUGGGCAGGACCCUUAGCUCCUGGAGAACAGGAGUAGAGUUAAAGGGAACAGGGUAGGCGACAGAGACGUAAACACUCCGGUAGCUCUCCUUCUGUUUCUCCUGCGCCUUGUCCAUGUUCUGUCUCACCUUGAUUGAUGACAGGAAUACAUGCAAUUAUAUUUCAUAUUACAAAUAUAUUUCUUACAUAUCUCUUGGAGGGACAGAAAAUACAUUAACAGAGGACAAUCAUUUUUACCUGGUCAAAAACCUCCACGUCCUUCUCAGUCUGUGCUUGAAGAUAGUACUCAAAGGCGUUCUGAUCUGGUUCGACAACUUCCACCACAUCAGGUGGGGUUUCAGUGAUCUGAAAGCACGUUAUGCAAAAAUAGCAAUAGACAAACACUAAGUCAAUCCCAAUUUUGAAAGACUACAGUAUAUGCAAUAAUUGUAUAUACAAUUGCAUUGUUUACCUCAGUCAACAGCUGCGGCUCCCGUCCAUACUCAGCCUGGAUGCUGCUGUUGUGUGCAAAGAGAAUUACCUUCAGGUUGUUCUCCCACCCUUCCUGAUACCAAUCAAGGGACUUGCCCAUGGCUGUCUUGAGGGUCUGGUUGGUCCAUUUACUAAGGGUUUUGAAAAACGUUGUUUUAAUCUAGGUUGUAUAAAUCAAGAGUACCAAGAGAUUUGUCGACUGUAUGGGUAAAAAAACACAAAGUACAAAACACACAAGCCAAAAGGAGGUCUUUACAAUCAACUGACAAUCAAAGUUUUCUUGCAUUGAUUUGACCUUGAACAUUCAGAGCCUGCUUGUGUAUUCAAACCAAAAACAUCCGUGAAGAAAAAGUGGACCUUCAAGUACUGCCUCAAACCACUUGUCCAAGCAUAUUACAUCUCAAUGUAUAACAUGAGACAGAAAACACAUUGAAUGAAAACUAUGGGCUCGAUUAAAUCUGUAUCGCUGAAGUUCAGAGCUAUAGCGGCUUAUAACCACACUGACAUCAUUUUUUAAAAACGUUAUUAGUUAUACCAUAAGUUGACGUUUUUACAAGGAUUGUGAUUGCUGAAAAUAGCGCACUUGAAAUGUAAAGGUCAUUUCCAAUCUUUGAGAACAUUGCCUUUGAAUUUCAAUCGAGCUAUAGUGAGUUUUGGUGUUACUGAUUGAAGUCAUCAAUCUGUCAGUGAAGACACAGGUGCUCCUGGAUGAACCGUCACAGAUUCUGUUAUAGUGACUCCGGCAUGUUGGCUGUGAAACUCUGGGGGACACUGACAGACAGACAGUGGGCUGAGGUGGGAAUGUUGAAAAUGUGGAUGUUGAGCCACUGGAGCCCAGUGACUGCUGGUUUGAGAGGCAGAUGCAUGCCCAUGACUGAGUCCAUGGCCAAAGCUGUGUUUGUGACUAUGUCCAUGGCUGCAGCUGUGUCCAUGCUUGUGACCAUGUCCGUGACUUGGCCUCAAGCCCCCCAUGGUUGUGUCCGUAAAAACCUGUGAGCUGAACAGGGCUCCCCUGUGUAUAGUAGGAGUGGGCCCAGCCUUCAAAUUUCUUUGGUGGGGUCUCGGUAGCCUGUAGGUUGGAGGUAGAGGACACUGGAGCGUAGGCUUGAUCUGGGCAGGAGCCUGGUGUUGGAAUGAUUCUGCAAUCAAUGAGAACGUAGACAGAUUUCAGAGAGCUUCUCUAUACCAGUGAUUCUCUAUCUAAUCAUGGGGGACCACUAGGUGCCUAUUGUAAAGUAUUCAAUUACAGCUGAGGCUCAUCUAUUAUAACUGCACCUCAU